GGAUGGUCCAGCUAUCUGAGGUAUUCCAACAAGUCGCCUUGACAGCACAACAAUGCUCAAACAUGCUGUCUAGCACCAAACAUGCUUUGAACCGGGUUUCCGAGUUCAUCGUGGUGGGUAUGUCGACCGGGAAGACGCGUUGGCUGAGAACUGAUAAGCUUCCGGAGCAUCCAGAGGUCAAAACCUUCUCUAUCCACCCAGGAGCAGUGAGAACCGCAAUGGCGGAAUGCAUUGGUCAGGAAAUCAUGCAGUUAUGCAUUGGCGACGCUCAGUUGCCAGCGUGGACUACGGUCCGCCUCGCGACGGGGAAAGAUGACUAUUUGUCGGGAAGAUACGUCUCUUGCAACUGGGACCUUGAUGAGGUAGCUUCGAAAUGGAAAGGCGGCAUCAUCCGAGAUGAUGCGAUGAAGAGCAGGUUGUUGCUGCCUCUGGUAGCGUAGAUCGAGUUAAUCGCUCGUGGUUACCGCAACUUAGCCUAGCAGGCGAGACAGAGAGGCAGAGAGUUCGAAGAACUUGUCGCAUACUAUCCAAUUAACGAGGAUUGUGAACAUAUCAUCCUGGGGCAAGAGGACCACGGCGACCAAGCAUCCGAAGAACCUUAGAUAGAAGCAUGCGCUUCGUGUUCCCUCAGAGGAACAAGAAACUCGAGAGCUACCCCGGCAUCGGAAGCGAGAGAUUGUUGAUCC